AGAUCUACUUCUGGUUCGUCAGUACAGAGUUGAAAUUUACAAGAACAAAGCAGGAAGUAAAUCUACCAAAGAGAAUGACUGGUAUUUGGCAUACAAGGGUUCUCCAGGUAACCUUGCCCAGUUUGAGGAAAUUCUCUUUGGCAAUAAUGACAUGUCGACUGCCAUUGGUGUUGUGGGUGUUAAGCUAUAUACUGCUGAUGGACAAAGAAUAGUUGGAGUUGGGUAUGUCGAUACUACGCUCAGGAAGCUGGGUGUCUGUGAGUUUCCAGAUAAUGAUCAAUUCUCAAACCUUGAAGCUCUGCUGGUUCAAAUUGGACCUAAGGAAUGUGUGCUACCAGGAGGAGAGACUGCUGGAGAUAUGGGAAAACUACGGCACAUCAUUCAAAGAGGAGGAAUCAUGAUUACAGACCGAAAAAAGGCUGAAUUCACAACAAAAGAUAUUGUGCAGGAUCUCAACCGCUUGCUAAAAUCAAAAAAGGAAGAGCAAGUGACUAGUGCAACAUUACCAGAGCUAGAAAAACAGGUUGCUGUUUCAUCCUUGUCGGCCGUUAUCAAGUAUUUAGAGCUCUUGUCGGAUGAAUCUAACUUUGGACAAUUUGAAUUGACUAGCUUUGACCUCAGUCAAUAUAUGAUACUGGAUAAUGCAGCUGUUCGAGCCCUUAACCUUUUCCAGAGUUCUGUUGAAAAUGCCAACAGUACACAGUCAUUGGUUGGGUUAUUAAAUAAGUGCAAAACUCCUCAAGGGCAAAGACUGGUUAAUCAGUGGAUCAAACAGCCACUUACGGACAAGAACAGAAUAGAAGAAAGGUUAAAUUUGGUUGAGGCCUUUGUGGUAGACACAGAACUACGGCAGUGCCUUCAAGAAGAGCUUCUACGUCGUUUUCCAGAUCUCAACCGGCUAGCCAAGAAAUUUCAAAGACAAGUAGCAACCCUGCAGGACUGUUACCGAAUGUAUCAAGCUAUUAACCAACUGCCUAAUGUUGUACAGGCACUGGAAAAACAUGAAGGAGCACACCAGAUGUUGUUGCUGGCAGUAUUUGUAAUGCCUCUUAAUGAUCUCAACUCUGACUUCUCCAAGUUUCAGGAAAUGAUAGAAACAACUUUAGACAUGAACAAGGUGGAAAAUCAUGAAUUCCUUGUGAAGGCUUCUUUUGAUCCUAAUCUGACUGAGCUGAGAGAGAAGAUGAACAAACUAGAGGAGAGCAUGCAGUCUCUUCUAAAGACUGCAGCUAGAGAACUAGGCUUGGAAGCUGGCAAGAACAUCAAAUUGGACUCCAAUUCACAGUUAGGACAUUACUUCCGAAUUACCUGCCGGGAAGAAAAAGUCCUUCGGAACAAUGCAAAAUAUAAGAUCUUAGAUACCCAGAAGAAUGGUGUGAAAUUCACAAACAGUAAAUUGAGCUCCUUCAAUGAAGACUACAUAAGAAGCAGAGAAGAGUAUGAAGAGGCUCAGGAAGCCAUUGUUAAAGAAAUCAUUAAUAUUGCUUCAGGAUAUGUAGAGCCAAUACAGACAAUGAAUGAUGUGAUAGCUCAGUUAGAUGCUGUUGUCAGUUUUGCUCAUGUAUCAAAUGGAGCACCUGUGCCGUACAUCCGUCCGGUCAUUCUGGAAAAGGGACAAGGAAGAAUUGUGCUGAAAGGUUCCAGACACCCUUGCAUUGAAGUUCAAGAUGACAUAGCAUUCAUCCCCAAUGAUGUUAACUUUGAGAAGGGCAAGCAGAUGUUCCAUAUUAUUACUGGUCCUAACAUGGGAGGGAAAUCAACAUACAUUCGCCAGGCUGGAGUGAUAGUUCUUAUGGCCCAAAUUGGGUGCUUUGUACCAUGUGACUCAGCGGAAGUGACUAUUGUGGAUUGUAUUCUGGCUCGGGUAGGAGCAGGAGACAGUCAGUUGAAAGGUGUCUCGACUUUCAUGGCAGAAAUGUUAGAAACUGCAUCAAUUCUUCGGACAGCAUCUGAAAACUCUUUAAUAAUCAUUGAUGAGUUGGGAAGAGGAACUUCAACAUAUGAUGGAUUUGGGUUGGCAUGGGCUAUUUCAGAAUAUAUCGCCAGCAAAAUUUGUGCCUUCUGUAUGUUUGCUACGCAUUUUCAUGAACUGACAGCACUUGCUAACCAAGUGCCAACUGUGAAUAAUUUACAUGUUACAGCACUAACCACUGAUGAGAUGCUGACUAUGCUUUACCGUGUCAAGAAAGGUGUCUGUGAUCAGAGUUUUGGAAUACAUGUAGCAGAGCUUGCUGCUUUUCCAAAGCAUGUAAUAGAGAGUGCAAAAGAGAAGGCUCUGGAGCUAGAGGAGUUCCAAACUAUUGGAAAACCUGAGGAAUCUGAAGGAGAACCAGCAGCUAAGAGACGCUACAGAGAAAAAGAGGAAGGUGAAAAAAUAAUUCAGGAAUUCCUUUGCAAAGUGAAAGCAUUGCCCUUGAGAGACAUGUCAGAGGAGGACAUUAGAACCAAACUGAAACAAUUGAAAGCUGAAGUGCUGGCAAAGAACAACGGUUUUGUGAAUGAAAUUGUUUCCCGAACAAAAGUUACUCCAUGAAAAAAGCUAAAAUGACACUUCUUGAAUUGUUUUAAGUCACAAGAGCUAUCAUUUUCUUGUCUUGUAGGUUUUAUGCUUUGUGAUGUUUUGUACUCAUUACUGAAGCAACACUUUCUUUUGACUUGUAAUUACUUUUUAAAAUGAGUACCU